AAAGCAACAAACAACCAACAUACACACACGAACAGAGUAGAGUCUAAAAUUGUAGUUUAUUUUCCAUAAGGAUGUGUUUCCUGAGCAGCGUGAUGGCCAGGCUGUCGGGUUGUAUGCGCACUCAUUGGACAGGUCCCUGCCUCGCAAAGCCAUUAAAAAAUCAGAAGAAAGCUUCAUCCACUCGGAAGCAGCGUUCAGGCUGCGCCAAGCGAUCAAAUAAUACGGCAAAGAAUCGAAAUGCGAACCGGAACAAGAAUCCCCAGCGACUGGAGACCCAGGAAGAGCAGCCGAGUUCAGGCGUCACCCCGUGCUGCAAUCCCCCCCAGAAGACAUACCCCUUGUUGUCACAUCAUAGCUAUACGAUCCGGAAUACAUAUCCGGGACCACUGGAGACCUACGACGGGGAGGCGCGCGGCGAGAAGCGUCUCAUCUGCUUCGCGGAUCUGAGCGAAAGUUACCUGGAUUUGCUGUUCAAUCAGGUUGAGGAGGAAGAGAGGAAAGAUAAGGAAAAGGAGAAGUUGGAGAAGCAGCAGAAAAGUUGUGAGAGCAAGGGCCAACCGACAGCAAAGAGGUGCCGGGAGAACAGUAGGGAAAGGUCUCCGCAGAGGAAUGUGAGAUUCUGUGGAGAGAAGAAGAAAAGCUGUGGGGAAAAGCAGAAGGAAGGUUGUGCAGAAAAGACAAAGAAAAACUGUGCAGAAGUGAAGAAGGAAGGCUGUGAGGAGAAGAAGAAGGCAGGCUGUGAGGAGAAGAAGGAAGGUUGUGCAGAAAAGACAAAGAAAAACUGUGCAGAAGUGAAGAAGGAAGGCUGCGCAGAGAAUUGUGAGGAGCAGAAGACCGAGCACCGCAAUUUUCGUGCAAUGAUCCAACAAGAAACGAAAGCCCAGCGGCUAUACGAGAAAGGGCUCCUCAAAAAGGGCUGUCAGAACGGAAAGGCUUGGCAGUGCCUGCUGCCCAGAGAGAAGCUGACCUACUACUGGCGUGUGCGCACCGGAGAGCAGCUGCGCCCCACCGCCUACUCCAGCUUCAAGCAGGGAUUCGUGAAGCGCUUCAGGAAAAUGCAUCCGCGUGCUGGCUCCAAGCGGGUGCGUGCCGAGACGCGUACCCAGUGGUAUGCCCUGGAGCGCAGCCAACGAGAGCCCUUUGUCAUGCAGGCCCUGGUCUAUCAUGUGAGCACUGGAGAGCUGGAUCCCGUGGAUCAGUGCGCUGUCCGAGAGAUGUACACAAAGCUGAAGGGCAGCGAUUAGCAUGAGCAGCCACCCCAUCAAACAUUUUCCCUUUACAUUUCCCAUUUCCCAUUUCCCAUUUUGCAUUUAAAUUUUUGAUUUCAUUUUCAUUUUUCCAAAAUCUUGUACGAGAAACAGAUGUUGCUGCCGGCGGAGUCUAUUUUUGGGGCAAAAGUUUCCAAAUCUGCGACUCUUUCCAGCUGCUCCUCCUGCUUUAUGGACUGCCUGGGACCGACGCCCUUGAACCACAUUUCGAGGGGCAUUAUGGAUCUCCCAUUUUGCAUCUGCAUACUUUUCGCACCCGAACCAAGGUCGCUCCGUUGACAUGGCCUUGGGUUGGGGCAGGGCACUUGAUUAACAAUUAGCGGUUCGAGAUUCGCGGGAAGGCGGCCACAGCCAGCAGCCAGCAGCCAGCAGCCAAGGUCGUUCCCCACACCCCAUGCCGUGUCUAGAUCGAAUCAAUUUUGCGUCGCGCAUACAUUAGCCAUAAAAAUCUGUUGUACAAAUAAAACAAAAAAAGGCAAACGAGCGUGGAGAGCA